GCACAGCUCCCCUCUCGUUUACUUUUGCUAAUUCCAUACGCAAGGCAGAUACAUAAAUAAAUAUGAGCCUCCUCAAGGGAUGCGAUAGAUAGAUAGUGGUUCUUCUUCUUCAAAAUCCCCCGAGUCUCAGCCCCGCCAGGCUGCGACGGGCCAUGUUAGAUCGAGUCAAGCAGACUGGCAAAAAGUAGUCGUGACACUAUACCCAAUUCCACCGCCAGCACGCGGUUAGUUAACUUAUCUAACUAACUAUCUAACUAUCUUGUUCUCCCCUGGCCGACCUCGUGGCUCCUUGCGUCAUGAGCCCCUUGGUCCUUAACCCUCCGCAACCAACAUGAAAUUACAGUCGCUGCGCGCGCGCUCUAGGGAUUGCUCCCUCACGGACGAUGCCCUGCGGUCGCAGGUCGACACGAGCAUCAUCCAGAACUACCAUAUCCAUCUGGAGCUCCUCGGCGCCAACUGUGACAAGUACCCUGCCAAGCAACACGUUCGCAGGGUCGCGGCCCGGUUAGGUGUCUCCCACGGCCUCAUCUAUCUGGAGGGAAAGCCCACGACAUACCUGGAUGAUUCCGACCAGACUGUCCCCUUCCGCCAGAGACGCUACUUCUACUAUCUCAGCGGCGUUGAUGAGCCGGACUGUUAUCUCACCUACGAUAUCGCUCAGGAUCGCUUGAUCUUGUACGUCCCCGACUUUGAUCUGCGACGAGCGAUAUGGAUGGGCCCCACGCUCACAGUGGACGAAGCCCAGGAGAGUAGAUACGACGUGGAUCAAGCUCGAUACUACUCUUCCCUAUCGGAUGAUAUAAACCGAUGGGCCGCCGAAAAUAACGAGCACUAUCCUAUCUAUCUUCUCCAUGCGUCGGAACAGCCCACAGGAACGGCUGCUAACCUUCAGUUUGAUGCGGAGCAGUUGCAGCCCGCGAUGGAUACUUGCCGCGGUGUCAAGGACAAGCACGAAAUCGAUCAGAUCAGGCGAGCCAAUAAGGUCUCCGGGUUAGCUCACAUCCAGGUUCUGCGGAAUAUCAGCAAGAUGGUCAAUGAAACUCAGAUCGAGGGCAUCUUCCUCGAUACUUGUGUCUCCCUGGGAGCAAAGAACCAGGCGUAUGGGAUCAUCGCGGCAUCGGGCGAGAACGCUGCCACGUUGCAUUACAUGAAGAACAACGAGCCGCUCGCAGACAGACAGUUUGUCUGUCUUGAUGCGGGCGCAGAGUGGAAUUGCUACGCCAGCGAUGUGACCAGGACCUUCCCUCUUCAAGGCCGCUGGCCUAGCGAUGAGGCUAGAGAUACCUAUCGUAUCGUCGAGAAGAUGCAGGAGGAGUGCAUCAAGCGCAUACGUAAAGGUGUCCGAUUUUUGGAUCUACACAUCUUGGCUCACGUUAUUGCUAUUGAAGGACUGCUGGACCUGGGGAUCCUCAAGGGUGGUUCGACAGAGGAGAUCCGUAAAUGCGGCGUGUCGAGAGUAUUCUUCCCGCACGGAUUAGGUCACCACGUCGGGCUCGAGGUGCAUGAUGUCUCUGAAAAAUCAAUCAUGGCAGCCUCUGGUGAACAGGAAGAUGACUCAGUUUUAGUUCCGCCCACCAGUCGUUCCCCAUGCACGUUCUCCGCCCCGACCUUGGAGCCCGGCAUGAUAGUAACCGUAGAGCCCGGUGUCUAUUUCUCGCGGCUUGCCCUCCAGAAUGCCAAGCAGCAGCCGUAUGCCAAAUACAUUGACUUCAAUGUGGCUGCGAGGUACAUCCCCGUUGGAGGCGUCCGUAUUGAAGACGACAUUCUCGUCACGGAUGGCGGAUACGAGAAUCUGACGACCGCACCGAAGGGAGAGAAGAUGCUCGAAAUCAUCCGGCGGGGACAAUAG